AUGGCUGCUUUGGGGUCGCUCGUCUGGGUUGAAGACUCAGAUGAAGCCUGGAUAGAUGGAGAAGUAGUCGAAGCCAACGAUGAUGAGAUCAAAGUCAUCUGCCCAACCAAGACGGUUACGGCGAAGGUAAAUGCUGUCUACCCCAAGGAUCCUGAGUUUCCUGAACUUGGUGUCGACGACAUGACCAAGCUUGCCUAUCUGCAUGAACCAGGGGUUCUUCUUAAUCUUAAGUCCCGCUACAAUGCAAAUGAAAUAUAUACGUACACAGGGAAUAUACUGAUAGCUGUUAAUCCCUUUAAAAGAUUACCCCACCUAUAUGGAAAUGAUAUAAUGGAACAAUAUAAAGGCUCAGACUUUGGCGAGUUAAGCCCACAUCCUUUUGCAGUUGCUGAUUCUGCUUACAGAAAAAUGAUCAACGAGGGAGUAAGCCAGGCGAUCUUGGUGAGUGGAGAAAGUGGUGCUGGGAAGACAGAGAGCACAAAGAUGCUCAUGCAGUAUCUUGCAUACAUGGGUGGAAAAGCUCAAAGUGAAGGACGAUCUGUUGAACAGCAAGUUUUGGAGUCUAAUCCAGUUUUAGAAGCCUUUGGUAAUGCAAAAACCGUCAAAAACAAUAAUUCAAGUCGUUUUGGUAAGUUUGUGGAGAUUCAGUUCAACCACAUGGGAAGAAUCUCAGGAGCUGCUAUUAGAACAUACUUGCUUGAGAGGUCACGUGUUUGUCAAGUUUCUGAUCCUGAAAGAAACUAUCAUUGCUUUUACAUGCUUUGCGCUGCCCCACAACAGGAAAUUGAGCGGUAUAAGUUAGGGGAACCAAGCACAUUUCAUUACCUAAAUCAAUCGAAUUGCUACUCCUUGAGUGCACUUGAUGAUGCCAAGGAGUACCUAGCUACGAGGAAAGCUAUGGAUGUUGUUGGGAUUAGUUCUGACGAACAGGAUGCAAUCUUCCGGACAGUUGCUGCUAUUCUUCAUCUAGGGAACAUUGAGUUUGAAAAGGGAGAAGAAGCAGAUGCUGCAGAACCUAAGGACGAUAAAUCCCGGUUCCAUCUGAAAGUGGCUGCAGAACUUUUCAUGUGUGAUGAGAAAGCUCUAGAAGACUCCUUGUGCAAAAGAGUGAUGGUGACUCGUGGUGAAAGCAUUACAAAGUCGCUUGAUCCUAGUAGUGCAGCUCUAAGCAGAGAUGCUCUUGCCAAGAUUGUCUAUUCUAAACUGUUUGAUUGGCUUGUGACUAAGAUCAAUAACUCCAUUGGCCAAGACCCAAGUUCAGAAUACAUUAUUGGAGUCCUGGAUAUAUAUGGAUUCGAGAGUUUUAAGACAAACAGCUUUGAACAGUUUUGUAUAAACCUAACAAAUGAGAAGCUGCAACAGCAUUUCAACCAGCAUGUGUUCAAAAUGGAGCAAGAAGAGUAUACUAAAGAAGAGAUUGACUGGAGUUACAUAGAGUUUAUAGAUAAUCAGGAUGUUCUUGAUCUUAUAGAAAAAAAACCUGGUGGCAUUAUUGCCCUUAUUGAUGAGGCUUGUAUGUUUCCAAAAUCAACACAUGAUACACUUGCGCAAAAGCUAUACCAAACAUUUAAUAGCCACAAGCGUUUUAGCAAACCAAAGUUGGCUCGUACAGACUUUACCAUCUGCCAUUACGCUGGUGAUGUCACUUAUCAGACUGAACUAUUUUUGGACAAGAACAAAGAUUACGUUGUUAGAGAACAUCAAUCUCUCAUGAACUCUUCAGAUUGUUCCUUUGUCGCAUCUUUGUUUCCAAAACUGAAAUUGGAAUCCUCAAACUCAUCAAAGUUCUCAUCAAUAGGCUCUCAAUUCAAGCAACAACUACAAUCUUUGCUGGAGACGUUGAACACUACAGAGCCGCACUACAUACGCUGUGUUAAACCAAAUAACGUUCUCAAGCCAGAGAUUUUUGAGAAUAUUAACGUUCUGCAUCAACUUAGGUGUGGGGGGGUCCUUGAAGCCAUUAGAAUUAGCUGUGCUGGAUAUCCUACUAGAAAGUCUUUCAAUGAAUUUUUAACUAGGUUCAGAAUUUUGUUUCCGGAGGCUACAAAAAAAAGCUUUGACGAAGUUGAUGCUUGCAAAAAGCUUCUAGCAAAAGUGGAGCUAAAAGGUUUUCAGAUAGGGAAGACAAAGGUGUUUCUUAGGGCAGGUCAGAUGGCAGAACUAGACGCUCACCGAUCUGAAGCUCUUGGCCAUUCAGCGAGGAUCAUUCAGAGGAAAGUCCUAACUUAUCAGUCUCGUAAAAAAUAUUUGAUAUUGCAGUCUGCUUCAAGAGACAUCCAAGCCUUCUGUAGAGGAAACAUGGCACGGCUUCAGUUUGAGUCCAUGAGAAGAGAAGCAGCUUCUGUGAGAAUCCAGAAGCAGGCGCGGAAGUAUAUAUGUCACACAACCUAUAAAAAGCUGUGUAUUUCAGCUGUUUAUGUUCAGACUGGAUUGCGCGCAAUGGCUGCUCGAGUUGAACUUCAAUACAGAAAGAAGAGACAAGCGGCAAUUAUUAUUCAAAGUCAAAUCAGAAGAUAUUUGUGUCGUCGGCGUUAUUUAAGAAUGAAGAAAGCAGCUAUUACCACUCAGUGUGGCUGGAGAGUAAAAGUUGCACGCCGAGAAUUGCGCAAGCUUAAAAUGGCUGCUAAGGAAACAGGAGCCCUCCAAGAAACUAAUACUAAGUUAGAGAAUGAAUUAAAAGAACUCACUUCAAUCUUAGAGCUUGAGAAACAGAUGAGGAUGAAACUUGAGGAAGCCAAAAACCAAGAAGUUGAAGAGUUGAAAGCAGCUUUAAAUGACAUGAAACUUCAGCUGGGGGAAACUCAAGAAACCAAAAGUGAGGAGAUCUUGAAGUUGGAGUCAGCUUUACAGGACAUGAACCUAGAAUUUGAAGAACUUGCUAAGGAACUGGAGAUGACGCAUGAUCUUGCCGCAGAAAAUGAAAAUCUCAAGGAGUUGGUAAGCUCAUUACAAAGGAAAACUGAUGAAUCCGAGACCAACUAUGAAGAAACAGGUAAGCUAAGUGGAGAAAAGAUAAAACAGGAGGUUCCUGUCAUUGACCAUGAUGCAAUCAUCAAACUUGAAGCUGAAAAUCAACAACUGAAGGCGUUGGUCAGUUCAUUGGAGAAGAAAAUAGAUGCCUUAGACCGAAAACACGACGAAACAAGCUCAAACAUCACAGAGCAGUUGAAGGAGACUGCUUCAUCUGAUUACGAAAUUGUGAGUGAUCUUGCAGCUGAGAAUGAACGUCUCAAGGCACUGGUGAGUUCUUUAGAGAGGGAAAAUAACGAAAAAGAUAGGAGUGAUUCACCAAACAAGAAAAAGGAGGGUACACACCUGACUGAAGAAGAGAGCUCAACAGAGGAUAUUGAUAAUGAAAUGACCAAAAAACUUGCUUCUGAAAACAAAGAAUUAUUUGAACUGGUAGAUUUGUUGGAAACUAAAAUAGUUGAAACAGAGAAGAAAUAUGAGGAAGCAAGUAGACUUUGUGAAGAGAGGCUUCAGCAGGUUGUAGACACAGAGAAGAAGUAUGAGGAAGCAAGUAAACUAUGUGAAGAGAGGCUUCAGCAGGUUGUAGAGGCAGAGACAAAACUAAUCGAGUUAAAAACAUCUAUGCAAAGGCUUGAGGAAAAGGUCUCUGACAUGGAGACAGAAGACAAAAUUCUUCGGCAACAAGCACUGGUGCAUUCAGCUUCCCGGAAAAUGUCACCCCAGAUGUCAUUUACAGGACCCCCGCCAAUGGAGAACGGACAUCAUGCAUCAUUGGCUCCUGUACCAUCAAGAAGGUUUGGGACAAUAUCUUUCAGGCGAUCUCGGAUUGAACGACAACCCCAUGAAUACAUUGACGUCCUUAUCAAGUUUGUUUCGCAAAAGGUCGGAUUCAGCCAUGGAAAGCCUGUUGCGGCAUUUACAAUAUACAAAUGUCUCAUACACUGGAAAGUAUUCGAAGCAGAGAAGACCAGUAUCUUUGAUCGUAUGGUCCCUGUUUUUGGUUCUGCUAUUGAGAAUCCGGAAGAUAAUGAUCAUUUGACAUAUUGGCUAACAAACACAUCUACGCUACUGUUCUUGCUUCAAAGAAGCUUGAAAACCCAUAGCACAAGCAGUGCAACUCCGAAACCUCCUCAGCCGACUUCCUUUUUUGGGAGGAUGACACAGGGUUUCCGUUCACCUUCUUCGGGAAGCCUUUCAGGUGACGUAGUGCAACAAGUAGAUGCUAAAGUUCCUGCUUUGCUUUUCAAGCAGCAGCUCACAGCCUAUGUUGAAACAAUAUAUGGAAUAGUUCAAGAGAAUGUGAAGAGUGAAUUAGAGCCUGUGCUCUCUUCAUGCAUUCAGGGACUGAAAGAUUCAUUACAUGAGCCAUCUGGACAGAGUUCACCAACAAAGUCAUCUGAACAGAAUUCACCAACAAAGUCAUCUGCACAGAGUUCACCAGCAAAGUCAUCUGCACAGAAUUCACCUGCAAAGUCAUCUAAUCAGAACUCACCAAAAAAGUCAUCUGAUCAGAACUCACCAGCAAAGUCAUCUGAACAGAAUUCACCAGCAAAGUCAUCUGAACAGAACUCACCAGCAAAGCCAUCUGAAGAGAUUCCACCAGAAGAACCAUCCGCAGAGAAUUCACCAGCGAAAACUUGGCAAGGGAUCAUAGACCUUUUGAAUCGGCUUCUCAGCAUGUUAAAGAAAAACUACGUUCCUCUGUUUCUUACUCAGAAGAUAUUCAGCCAAACAUUCCAAGGCAUCAAUGUUCAUGUCUUUAACAGCCUUAUGCAACAAGAAUGCUGUACAUUCAACAUGGGCAAAAAGGUGAAUGCUUUGUUAAAUGAAUUAGAGGCAUGGUGUAGCGAAGCAACUGAAGAGUUUGUAGGGUCUUCAUGGGAUGAACUCAAAUACACAAGACAAGCCGUGGUGCUCCUGGUUACAGAACAAAAGUCCACAAUUACAUAUGAUGAUCUUACCACUAACCUCUGUCCGGCUCUUAGUACUCAGCAACUGUAUAGAAUAUGUACCCUCUACAAAAGUGAUGACGACAAGGAGCAGAAUGUAUCCCCAGACGUGAUUUCCAACUUGAAACUUCUAAUCACAGAUGAAGACGAAGACAGCCGUUCGUUCUUGUUAGACAAUGAUUCCAGCAUCCCCUUCGCAGCAGAUGAAAUUUCCAACUGUAUGCAAGAAAAAGAAUUUACCAAUGUAAAAGCAGCCAUCGAACUCGCUGAUAAUCCUAACUUCCAGUUUCUAAAGGACUGA